AUAGGUAAAUCUACUGUUGGUGAUAUUGUACGAAACAAAGAAAAGUGGUUGAAUAUUCCUGAAGAUUCGUCAUCGUUAUCGCGAACUCGGCAUGCAAAGCAUGAAAAACUUGAAGAAGGACUUAAUUUGUGGAUUCAUGACAUGAACAGUAGAAAUGUAGCAAUUAGCGAUAUGUUGCUUAUCGAAAAGGCAAAAGAUAUUGGAACUAAGUUAAAUGUGACGGAUUUCGCCUAUUCUCGUGGUUGGCUUGCACGUUUCAAAACACGUCAUUCUAUUGUUAGAUGUCAUUUCAAGGGUGAAGCUGUAAGUGAAAAUAAAACAACAGACAUUAAAGGCGAGGAAAAAUUAAACUCAGUGUUAGCAGAUUAUACGGAUGAAAACAUUUUCAACAUUGAUGAGACUGAUCUGCUCUUUAAGUUAGGUCCUACUUAUACUUUAGCAUCAGUGUCUAGUGUCAAAUGUUCAAAGGAGCGAAUAACUGUUGCUUUAUGUGCCAAUGCUACUGGUACAAUGAAAAUUAAACCAUUUGUGAUUGGUAAGACAAGAAGACCACAUUCUUUUGGUAUGUAUUUUAACCCAGAAUUAUAUGUCCGAUACAGGUUUAAUGCAAAGGCAUGGAUGACCUCAGAACUGUUUGCUGAUUGGUUGAUUUCGUUUGAUCGUCAAAUGAAAGCCAAAGGUAGACAUGUGUUGCUAUUGUGUGAUAAUGCUGCCAGACACAAUUCAAAUACAAAGUUGUCCAAUGUAAAACUCUAUUUUCUACCUCCCAACACAACAGGUUCUAUUCAACCAAUGGACGCUGGUAUCAUACAUGCAUUCAAAGCUUAUUACAGACAAUUUUUAGUGAAACAUUAUAUUGGUUGUGCCGAACGUGAUAUGUCCCAAUCACUAAAUUUGAGACAAGCAAUCCGUUUUGUUAAAGACGCCUGGAAUGCCCUGACAGCCUCUACCAUUUCCAAUUGUUUCAGUCAUUUGGAUGUCAUAGACCAAAAUGGAAAUGAUAACAAGGAAGGGAUUGAUACCCCACUUGCUGAAUUACGCGCAAUUCUAAAAAAAGUAGGCUUACCUGAUAGUGAUGACAUUAUGACUGCUGAAGACUAUGUGAAUAUUGACAAAGAAGAAAUAACUUGUGACCAACUAACAGAUGAU